AGCCCCAAAACCCGACUACUUCUUUCCGGGAAGAAAGUUCAUCGUUUUGAUCGUCGAUUCUUGCCCUCUUCGAAAUCUCUUCUCAAUUUUCAAGAUGGAAGGAUCCACUUCUUCAUUUGAAUACAAGGGUUCAAUUGCUGAUGCAAUCAAUGCAGCACGAACAGAGAAGAAACUUUUUGUAGUUUGUAUUUCAGGUGAAGAUGAAAACUCAAUCCUUCUUGAACAGUCAACUUGGGUGGAUUCAAGUGUGGUUGAUUCAAUCUCAAAAUAUUGCAUUUUUUUGCGUCUUAAACAAGGAAGCUUGGAGGCAUCGCAAUUUUCUGCCAUAUACCCACAGCAAUCUUUCCCAAGUAUAACUGCCAUUGGGUGUAAUGGUUUGGUUCUAUGGAAGCAUGAAGGUUAUGUGAAUGCUGAAAAUUUUCUUGAGAAUAUUGAGAAGGCUUGGGCAGCCUUUCAUCUGCAGGGAGCAACUGCAAUGUUUGUGGCAGCAGCUCUUGCUUCAAAGCAACCUGAACCUGCAAAUUUGACUUCUGCUAAUGUUGUUCCAUGUGAAGAAGGAAGUUCUUCAAACAUGGGUGCUGCAACUGCAUCAGCUGAAGCAGAAAAACCCUCUGUUGUUAUAGAAGCUAGACCUUUAACUAUCCCUGAAGCACCAGUAGAUCAGAAAGUUGGUGAACAACAUGCUCUGCAAGAUCAUGAGCCCGUUGAAGGUUCCUCAAUACCAAAUGAAGUCCAUGACCACAAUAUUAAUAAGGGGACACAGUUUAGUUCUCCAACCUGCAGUGUUGCUGAUAGUUUCACUACACCACAGGGCACUGCAAAUGAAAAUAAUGCUACACACACAACAGAAUCAGCUGAGGGGACUUCUAGUAACAGUCCAAUAAAUCCUCAAGAAACGUCAUUGAUGGAUAUUGAUGAACCAGACAACAAAAAUCAGAUGAGCGUUAAUGAGAUGCCUGUCUCUAGUAAUGCUAUAAAGUCAAAUGAGAUUCAUCUUAAUAUUCGCUUGCCUGAUGGCUCCACUCUCCAGACAAAAUUUUCCAUCUCAGAUACAUUAAGUUUGGUAAAAAAUUAUGUGGAUGAAAAUCAAUCUAGCACCAUGGGUCCUUAUGCUCUGGCUGUUCCUUAUCCUCGGAAAGUUUUUGGUGAACAAGAUAUGUUCAAAUCGUUAUCUGAAUUGGAGUUCAGCAGCCGACAGGCAUUAAUUGCUGUGCCUCACCGUCGAAACAUUCAACCUCGUGGAGGUCAAUCAACAAAUAAUGUGGUUAGAGCGACAGAUUCAAGUCAGUCUAGUGAAGGAUAUUUUGGAUAUGUGAAGAGGAUAUUAUCUUAUGCAAAUCCAUUUGCCUACUUUGGUGGCAAUGCCAAUUCAUCAAGUUCUCAAGCAAUCCCACCAAAUGAUGGAUUAUGGCAGUACAGUCCAAAUCCCUCUAUGCAAAAUCAAUUGAAUCGGCAAAGCCCACCAAGAGGUGAUACGAUCAGGAAUCCGAGGAGUUCAUCAAGGCCAUUUGGCAGCAAUAUUCAUACCCUCCAGCACGAUGAAGAUCAAUUGCCGCCCGGUGACAGGAACACUUUCUGGAACGGGAAUUCAACACAAUUUGGAGGUAACAACAAUGACAACAACCGGUAAUAAGAUAAUCUAGGUCAACAUGCUGGAGUUGUAAGCUUAGCUUCAUUUGCAGAAGUCACAUAAUAUGAGAACAGAUUCGAAUAAAUAAAAUCAAGAACGCUGGAAGUUACGCU